AGCAGGGAGUAUUCUUUUGCACACGCUGUACUGUCCAGCUUUCCUGUUCAUGCUGGUCCGCUCUCCUUGAAGACCACUGCAAGGAUAUCCUAUCCACAGCUGCCAGUAGCGCGUCAUCGUUUCAAAUAAAAACCAGGCUGCAUUUUGCCUGCAUUGCCACUGAAUGCUACUGCACUCAACUUUCCUGGAAAGCUCAAACUCCAAACAUUGCUGUCGCCCUGCAAAUGAUCUGAGAUCAGCCUACAGCCUCAAGGUUGCACAAUGGACGCCAAGGAGCACCACAACAGCUCCUGGGACCUUGAUUACCACCAUGACUUCAAUGACUCUUUCCACUGGUUCCUGCACCACUGCACUCUGGAUCUCAACCACGACACCAGGAGGGUGAUCCUGUUCCUCCUCUACCUGGUCAUCUUCGUAGCGGGGCUGAUCGAGAACGUCCUGGUGGUGUGCAUCAACUGGAGGCGGCGGUCCAGGAGCACGGUCACCUUCUGCGUCCUGAACGUGGGGCUGGCAGACCUGGCGCUGGUGCUAACCAUCCCCUUCUGGAUGCUCGAGGUCACCCUCAACCAGGUCUGGUUGUGGGGCUGGGCCCUCUGCAAGCUAACCCAUCUGGUCUACACCGUCAACAUGUACAGCAGCGUCUUCUUCCUAAUGUACAUGACGGUGGAGCGCUACCUAGCCAUCGUCAAGCCUUCCCAGACCUGGGGCCUCAAGGAGAAACGGAAACGAGGCAUCAUCUGUGCCUGCCUCUGGACCUUCUCCUUGUUCUUGACUCUGCUGGAGAACAUCCACGUGGACCUGAUGGAAUGGGAUGAGCCAGGCUGCUACAUGUUCCCGUCCUACAGCUACAACGAAUGGUACUCAAGCAUCACCUUUCUGUCUUUGAUCUUCAGUUUCUUGAUCCCAGCCAUCACGAUCACCAUUUUUAAUUUCCUCAUCGCCCGUGCUGUGAAGGCCAAUGCUGGUUUUGAGGGUAGGAGGAGUCGUUGGGUGGUGCACGUCUACUCUCUGGUUUUCAUGCUGUGCUGGGUCCCGCGGAACCUGGUGAUCUUUCUGCUGCUCGUGGACGAGCUGUGGUCGAUGCCGUUUAGCUGUAACUUUGUAGACGUGCUCUAUUUCUCUUACUGCAUUGUGGACUGCAUCUCGCUCUUCCACUGCGUGGCCAACCCCAUUAUCUAUAACUUCCUGAGCAAAGGUUUUAGGAGCAACCUGAUCAACACUGUGGUUCGGUACAUCCCCAAAGAGAUCGUCAACCCCAAAGAGAAGGCAGGUUCGGAGUCCAGCACAAGCCAUUCUGUCGUGGUGGAAAACGCCUGUAAUGAAACACCUCCCAACCAAGAACAACGGGCAAAGUGAGCCAAAACCUGUCAUCCUUUUCAAUUGCUAUUCGUGUUGGUAGUGAAUUUUUAGAUGCAUUGAAAGAGAACUGAAGCACUGCUAGAAAUAUAUUUACUGCUUAUAAUGUGUUAUAUCUCUGUUUUGGCUGUAACCUGCGUCCUAUUUUGAGGACAGUCGAGUUAGACGUGCCGGUAAUCAGAGCAGUGAAGUUUCACGCCGGCUAUGAAUUAUAUAGAAAACUGAGCUUUAUUAUCACAGGGGGAGGGAAAAAACACCAAGACAUUGAUCAUUUUCAGGAUAGACGUUUGCGUCUAACAAAAUUAGAGCAAGCUAUCAUAACACAUGGUUAAGCAGUAAAUGUAAAUAACAGGUAGAUGCCACUUAAAAAUGCUCCAAAAAUUACAAAGUAGCCUCUCCUCAAAAGUGUAUGUGUAAUGAAUUAUAAAGCAUUACCGCACUGCGUUUUAUUGGGUUGUGACAGUGUAGUGUACAGUCUUCCACCUGCAUUAGCAACUCAGAGCCUUUUGUAUUUUCAUAAUAAACUAAUUUCCUACUGUC